CCGAAAAUUAAGCUAAACUGCAAAUCGGACUUCCCAUGGCUCUCUGCCUUUUUCUGUAAUCUCUUUCUCUCUGCUCCGGUGAUAUUAGCUGGUAUGUUAGCCGAAAUUAAGAGAUUAGUUUGAGUUAAGAGCUUAGAGUAAGCUUAGAUGCAACACUUCUCCUUUCUUCACACCUGUCUCGCUCCGUCUCUCUGCAGGAUACCAGGUUCUUGAAAAAAGCCUUUAAAGAAUACAGUUCCUAACGAAAUAGUUUUUCUACAUUAUUCACAUAAUUGUGAGUUCUUCAACAGAACAAGGAAUUGCUGUUUAGAAAAUGAGUGUAAGGCGUACAAAAGAAGAGAACUGAAGGAAUAUAAACUAAUUCUGUAUUGGAGAAGAAUUCCUGCUAUUAAACAACAUGAAACUAGUUCUGCUGCUGCUGCUGCUUCUGGGGUCCUUGCAAGGGGUGUUCACUCAAGUGGUUACGCCUGCAUUUACUAAAAGAACAGCUGUGGAGGAAGGUCUAGGAAGUGGUCUGUUAGAGGUGGAACAGGAGGAUGAACUAGCAGACACUUACUGGUCUGGGACAGCCCCCAUUUGUUUCGGAGGUUGUAAAGGCAGACAGAGGGAGCUGAAAAGAGACAACUGUGGAGAUUCAGACUGCUGCUGGGUGGGAUUUAAAUCCCUGUGUAGAGUGAAUUGUGGAAAGCCUGAUGUGGACUUUAAUGGGAUGGUGUAUGGGAGUGAUUGGUGGGUGGGUUCUGUAGUGCGGUACGACUGCAGACCAGGGUUCGUGUUGGUGGGAGAUCCUGCUCGAGCUUGUCAGUCCAAUGGGAAAUGGACACCCAAACCAUCCUGUCUUAGAGUGUGUUAUCGUGGCCGGGUUGAGAUCAAUGAGAAGGACAUCGACGGGACAUGUUCGUCUACCUGUCCUGAUGCUAAAAGCUAUGCAGUCCCUCUGAACCACAAAUGCAGUCGUAUUGAGAACUGCAGAACUAAAGAAUCAGGCUGGAAGCGCUGGUUUACACGCUGCAAUUUCUGCGACUGUGACUGCUUCACUCCCUGUGCUUUACAGGGUAGAAGACAGUGAAUCUGUAUUCAUUAUCCUCUGGAAACAACUGAAUUAAUUUUUAUUUGAAUGUAAAGAGAGAGGCUUGAUGUAACCAUAACAGAACUUGUCAAACUAAAAGCAUUUUAUGCAUCUCUAGAUUCUAAAUAUCUUCACAGUUAGAGACCUUUAUUUUAAUCACUGACUACAUAACCCCAGAUGUUCGGAAAUGUUGCUGUUAUCCCUUAUCUGUCUUAAGUAGCAUGUUUAAGGAAUAUUUGAUUUUAUCAAGGAAGUUAGUCGCUGUGGAAAGAUCAGAGAAACAUUUCUGUUCCAGUAUUAAACUAUUGUAGAUCUAAUGAAAUUAUUAGUUUAAUUAAAGGUGCUGUAGGGAACUUUUGUAAAAAAAUAUUUUUUACAUAUUUAUUCAACCUGUCAUUAUGUCCUGACAGUAGAAUAUGAGACAGAUAAUCUUUGAAAAAAUCAAGCUCCUCUGGCUCCUCCCAUUGGUCCUAUUGCCAUUUGCAGAAAGUCAUGCACUCCCGAUAAAAAAUAACCAAUCAGAGCUGUGGUCCGUAACUUUGUUUGUGUUCAAAAUGUAGAAAAAUGAACAUAAUAAGCGAGUACACCAUGAAUCCAUUUUCCAAACCGUGUUUUUAGCUUGUCCUGAAUCACUAGGGUGCACCUAUAAUAAGUGUUUAUAUUCAGACCAUUUUAGAUUGCUUCGGGGGUACCGUGGCGGAGUAACCCAGUAUCUUUGUGAUUCUUCAUAGACAUAAACAGAGAGAAGUAGUUCCGGCUACAAUGUUCUUCCGCAAGCAGUUCUGUUUAUUAACCGCUAGAGCGUCAAAAGUUCCCUACCGCAGAUUUAAGAAAUUAUUAUCUUGUGAUUGAUACAAGAUGUGGCAUUAAUAUAGUUGAUCCGAAUCAGAGUGAUCUUGUUAAUGAUAGUCACUCUUAUGGGUACCUGUUCCAGCUUGCCUAUUCGGGAGAGAGAGAGAGAGAGAAAAACAACAACAUUGUUUAGUUUAAAUGCAUGCUGUAAUCAUUCAGAGUAUUAUUAACUUUUAUAACACAUAAUGAGGUAAUCUGUGAUGAAUUAACUGCUUUUGGCCCUUAUUCAGUUUCUGUGGAUAAUAGUGUCUCCAGAAAAGCCAGCAUCGGUAUAUCAGAUUUCAUUCUUUAUAUGUCAUUAGGAUCCUAGAGAUGCAAGGACUUAAAUUCAAUCCUCACCUGAGUCUGCAGGCAGUCCCUGCCCUGGGAAAGACAGCAAAGCUGCCUGCAAACACAUAGCAAGGUUUUUAUUUUAAUUUUUUUAUUAUAUUAUUAAAAAAACUAUAGAACAGAAAAAGAAAAGAGCAAGCUAACAUUAGAGACCUUUGCUUUAGUUAAUUGUAUAAUAAAUAAAAAGAAAACCGAUAGAAUACAAAAAAGAUGAGAGGAGCUAGUGUUAGUUUUUUUUUUUUUAAGAAAACAAGAAGUUAGUAAAUUUAUAGAGUGCAAGUCUAAAUGGGGCAAGUUUUUUUUUUUUUUUUAGAAAGAAUAUAAUUAGAAUAGAGAUUGCUAGAGUUAGAGGGUCAAAUAAAGAUGGAAGAUAUGUGUUUUUAGCUGAAUCUUGAAGAUUGAGUUGGAGCACAAGAAGUUCCUGCAAGAGGAGUCAAAGAAAUAAUGAACUCAAAUCAACAGUUCAAUAACUAGCUAGCUAACUGUGAGCCAGGUAAAAGCGGAGAUUAAACAGGCAGGGGUCAAAGCCAGAAAGCAGUCCAAAGAAAACAUCAGUCCAGAUGGUAAUUCAGGCACAAGGUCAGGGGCAAGGGAGGGACAGAGCCAAAAACAAAAAAAACAGUCCCAUUACCAACAACCUCUAAAUCUUCUCUCUUCUUUCUAUCUGUCUAUCUGUCUCUAUCUAGACAGCUAUAGACAUCCAUCUAUCUCUAUCUCUGUCUAUCUGUCUGUCUGUCUUAAUUUUAUAUCAACAAAUUUUAUUCCAUUUAACAGGACAAUAAAAGUGCUGUAAAAUAUUGUAAGAAUAUAUAUAUUUUUUGAAGUUUAGAAUUUGUGGGUUAUCUCUAUGUCUUCCACAUUAGCUGUAUUUUUCCUUUAAUAAAAAUAAAUAAAUAAAUAAAAAAGCAAUUUCAACUGCUGCAA